AUGGCAAGAAUACUUCAGGAUGAUUUGGAAAAAUUACCUUCAAAUUUAAUUUUCUAUGAUAAAUUCAAUAAAGGCUGGGAUCGAUGUAGUCAUUUUCCUUCUUCCGGAGAAAUAAAGGAUAAAUUAAAAGAAUAUGCUGAUAUUGAAAAUUAUUCCGAUAAUAUUGUAAAAGCUAUGUGUUAUGUAUCUAAAAUGGAGAAAAGCGAUCCAUUCUAUGACGAACGUUGUUAUUUUUUGUAUUAUUGGAUAGGAGAUAUAUUAUCUAACAAAUUAGAAGAUGAUAUUUCAUUUUCAAACAUUAUGAACACGAUCUACAAAGAAUUGCAGAAGUUUAAUGUUGAAAAUAAAUGUAACAUUAUAUAUUCUGAUAUUGGCAAAAAUUUUUUCAAACAAAGGAAAAUAGUAUAUGAUUACUCUCAAAACUAUGAAACUAUAAAACGAUAUUUUCGGGAUUAUGGUAAAUCUUGUAGUCAAGAAUAUUAUUAUUACGUUGAAAAAAUUGUUUCAACAUAUAAUAUUGUACAUGACAAUUGUGAAAACACUUCUGAUACAUAUUGUGACGAAUUAAAAACUAUGUUUGAUAAAUACAAUCAUCAGGAUCUAUCAAAAUUGAAAUGUACUUUAGUACAACAUGUACCAAAACCUGUAGCAGGUGAAAGUGAUCAAGUUCAGUCAUUUGGACAAGGAUCUUUAAGAGGUCAUCCAUUACCAGAACAGCCAUCAAAUGAUCGUGCAUUACAAGAAGAAACUGCAUCCGGAUUUUUUCCUACACCAGGAGAAAAAGUAUUACCUUCAGCUGAUGAAGCCUCUCCUAGAGGCUCCAACAUUUUUAUGUCUUCCGCUGUCCCAGUAAUGGGAGUUUCAUUUGCUGGUUUUGUUUUACAUAAAUCUAGAAGAAUAAAUAAUGGAGAACAAAUGAAUGUAGGUUAUCAUAGCGUGCAAUAUCCCUCACAUUAUAGUGGCACGCACUCUUGA